CCUUGCUUUACUCUAGGUGCCAUUAAGGCAGUGACGUGGAUGUCAGUUGAAUUGGCUACAUGGAGCUGGAUGCAAACCAGGAGGGAACAAAGUCCUUGCCAGUGAUCGGGGUGGAUGAGGACCCAGAAAAGGAGCCUGCCUGGCACCCUACCCACCUGCAGCUGACUGUCCUGCGUGCCUGCUCUCUACGCUCUAAGGGCGCCACUGGCACCAGCAACCCCUAUGUUGUGAUUCAGCUACAAAAGCAAAAGUUCAGGACCUCCGUAGCACUACACAGCCUAAGUCCCGAAUGGCAUGAAGAGUGUACAUUGCAGCUGCCCAGUGUGUUGGAUGACUCAGAAGAGAAUGGCCUCAUCCUUACCGUCAUGCACCAGUCCUUGCAUCAUUUCAACCAGUUCCUCGGCAGAGUAUGCUUGCCUCUUGCCCAACUUUUUCAGGACAAAACGAAGAGAAGAAAUGAGUGGUUUGUGCUGCAAUCUCGACCUGGCAAGAAGGAGAAGACAAGAGGACAGUUGCAGCUGGACAUUCAGUUCUUACAGAUCUCAUCACAAGCCAGUGAGCCAGCGUUAAACUCUCGUGGGCCCUGGGCUUUCUUCUCCAGAUUCUAUGGGAGCAGGAAGGGCAGACGGUACAAGGUGUACAAAGAAGCUCCGUCUCAGUCACCCAGCUUGACAAACGACGAGGAUUCAUCUUCCUCCAGUAUGACCACUGAGCUAGAGGCCUCAUCAAUGAAGUCUGGAUCCAAGUGCGGCAGCUCCUUGCACAUGGUAGCAGCAACCUCGGCUGGCAAAAAAACUACCUCCAAAACUCAGCUGCAGAAGCUUAUUUCGUGCAACUACAAAGAACUCGCCCCUGAUGCCAAGAGCCUGGCAGCCAACUCAAGUCAGUCUGAGCACCCAAGUACCCUUGAACAGUUCAGCAGCAUAUUUACUCAACAGCUCAAGAAAAAAUCUAAGCCUCUGAAAGAGGAGAGGAACCUGGAGGCGGCAGGCAUUUCUAUGGAGGCUUGGCAAACAUCUCUUCCACCUCUCCACGUUGCAGGCCCCAGUGACAUCCCUCCACGAGCACAGACCCUUCACCUGUCGACAGUCAGCCUCCAGCAGACAACCAGCACUGCUACAGCCAGCUCUGUGACCAGGCACUUCCACAGGUGCCGCAUGCACCUGAGUAGGAGCUAUCAGUUCUUUCGCAGGUGUUUUGGCCUGGUUCCCUGAUGCUGGGGGGGGUCUGUCUUUUGUCUCUCGUUCUCUUGGCGAAGGAGAUUUAUUGGAAUAGUCACAGUGUACAAAUGCAUUAUAUUCAGACAAUAUAUCUCUUUACUUGUG